CUGACAAUAGGCUGACAGAAAAGACAGAAAAAGAGGAAAAGAUUAACGAGCUUAAAUUCCUCAACUUUCUCUCAGAUUACCUGUGCAUCGCAGAGCAUCCCAUGCCAAGCGCUUGCCCCGCCCCCUGCCCUACGGUUGACCCCAUUGAGCCCGCGAUAUCAGCUGCACAGCAAGGAAGUCAGCCAUCUUGUAAUCCGCGAACUCACAAAAUGAGCUUCUUUGGGUUUGGCCAGACUGCUGAGCUUGAAAUCGCGCUCACUGGGGCCGAUAAACGCAAGCAAGUAGAUGUCAAAAAUGAGGAUGGAAAGAAGGAGAGGUUGUUUCUCUUUUACGACGGAGAAAGCGUUACUGGGAAGGUUCAUAUCAAUCUCAAAAAUCCUGGGAAGAAGCUAGAACACCAAGGAAUCAAAAUCGAAUUUAUUGGACAAAUAGAGCUGUUCUAUGAUAGAGGAAAUCAUCAUGAGUUCACAUCUCUUGUACGUGAACUGGCAAGACCAGGCGAGCUAACUCAGAGUGUCUGCUAUGACUUUGAGUUUGUCAAUGUUGAGAAGCCCUAUGAGACUUACACUGGUGCUAAUGUCAGAUUGAGAUAUUUUCUGAGAGUAACGAUUGUCAGGAGGCUAUCUGAUGUCACAAAAGAGAUGGACUUGGCUGUCCACACGUUGUCUAGCUAUCCUGACAUGAAUACUAGCAUAAAAAUGGAGGUUGGGAUUGAAGACUGCCUGCACAUAGAAUUUGAAUACAACAAGUCAAAGUACCACCUAAAGGAUGUGAUUGUGGGUAAAAUUUAUUUCCUACUGGUAAGAAUCAAGAUAAAACACAUGGAGCUGGCAAUCAUCAAAAGGGAGACUACAGGCACUGGGCCAAAUACUUAUAAUGAGAACGAGACAAUAGCCAAAUAUGAAAUCAUGGAUGGUGCUCCCGUCAGGGGAGAAUCUAUACCAAUCAGGCUGUUCCUUGCUGGUUAUGAACUGACUCCAACAUUUAAGGAUGUCAACAAGAAAUUCUCUGUCAGGUUUUUCUUGAACUUGGUUUUAGUUGAUGAAGAAGAAAGAAGAUACUUCAAACAGCAGGAAAUAAUUUUGUGGAGGAAAGGAGAACUGAGGAAAAAACAAGUCUACCAUGCUGAUGCAACUGGCAGGUUUGAGAGAGCAGAGGAGAAAAAAUCAGCACCUGAGGAAUAGAUGGCGAUAAUCUUUUAUACAUUUGGAAAUGGAUUUGAUAGGUCAGGGUAUUUGAACAGUUUGGAAACGGGAAAAUGAAGUCAAGCAUAAAUUACAGUGUUCUGUAUAUUAUUCAUAUUUUUGGUUUAAACAAGUGCAAUCUAGCCCACAUAAACAUCAAGCAAUUUUUACCACAUAACAGUCAAAUAUAAAUAUCUGUACUUUUAUGACUUAUAAUAUCCAUUGUAGAAACAUUGCUUUCAUUUGCAAGGUUCUCUGAAUCUGAAACAAGGGAGUCUGGGAAAACGGCUUUCCUGUGUCAAUCAAACAUUCUGGCAACCUAUCAUAGACUUAGCAUAACAGUUGAAUAGGUUCCUUUUAUUACAAAUAGAAUAUAAGAUUGUGAAAUCUCCUAAGAAUUCUGUGCAAUGUUCUUUACAGUAGAUCUUGUCAUAGAGCCUUCUUCAAGUACAGAAUAUUUUUUUUUAUUGAUUAUCAUUUUGAAGUACUGUAUAUCUAUCCAUUCUUUCAUAUGUAUAUUGAAAGAAGAAAAUGGCUGUUUGUCACUGUUGUAAGCGGAAUCAAGUCUGGAAAGAGAUAUAUAGGCCUUUGAGAUAGAAAGAUUGGUAUGGUUCUAUUGACAGUGCUGCUUUGCUAUUAUGACAGACAGUCGCGCUAGACCUUUAUGCACUUCAUGUGAUAUGAAUAUUCCAGAUUUGAAAUCAGAUAAUACCUGCUCCCACACCUAAUGGAUCAAGGCCCUUAGGGUUUGUAAAAAAAGACAGUGAGCUGGAGACUGCUGCAUAUUGUUUAUUGUUUAAUUCACUACACCAAUAGAAAUAAAAAAUAAUAAUUAUAAAA